AAUCCCAUAAGCUGGCAGGGACGAGGAUAAGUUAAUCAGAUAAACGUAUAAUGCAAGCGAUGUAUAUUCUCAUGGAAUCAAGGUCUUCGCAUCCUGCAUUGUUCUGAGCUCUCAUGGUCUCUUCUCUCCCUCUCUCUCUCUCGUCUCUGUUUUUGCACUAAAAUAAGUAAAAUCCCUUCUGAGUAAUCUUUUUAUUACUCGAUUUUCAACUCCUAGUUGGGAGUCAAAACUUUGUAUUAGUUAAUAAUUACAAAAAAAAAGGGGUUUUGUUAUAUGCUUUCACUCAGGAUUCGAUUAGUCAUAUUAUUGCAUAUAAAUCCCAUAAAAAUAGAAAUAAAAGUGACAGCUUUAUAUUUAUGCAUAAAAUUUUAUAAUUAUUUUCAAACACUGGAGUUUGUAGAAAUAAAACCUGAAAAAAAAAACUAAUUUUGUUUAGGUCAUAAAACACCUGAAAUCUAGCAGGAGAAUGACUGUUUCUUUUAAACUACAGUUUCCAAAUUUAAAAUAUAUGAUAUAUUUUAUAAUUCAAGAUAACAAUGACAGCUGUAUAAAAUUUUAUAAAUUUUCCUAAUUAUCUUCAAAAUCGAAGUUUGUAAGAUAAAAUCUAAAACAAAAACUAUUUUUUUAGGACAUAGAACACCAUAAACUUGCCAGGAGAAUGACUAUGUUUUUAACAGCUCUAUAUAUAUAAACUUAAGACAUACAAACUCGCAGACACAAAACUAGAGUUAUUUAAAAGCUAUAUAUAAACACAAGACAUACAAACUCCGCAUACAUAAAAUUAGAUUGUGGGAGAGAUCCAAAACAAAGAAGAAAGCGAAGACAGAGAGACACCAAAAGAUUUGCUAACAUCAGAUUCAACAUAUAAGAUUAGAUUGUGACAGCCAGAGCAAACAAGAAGAUACAUAUAGAGAGAGAAUUGCAAACAUAAGAUUCGGUGAAGAAAGCAUGACAGGAGAGCCUUCUCUAUGCAUCAACGGAUGUGGCUUCUUCAGCACGCCACAGACCAAGAACCUUUGCUCCAAGUGCUACAACAGUUUUUUAAAGGAUGAGUCUGCCAGAUACAUGGACACUAUACGAGACCACACGAAAACAGCAACAGUGGUGGAGAAGUUUGAAGAGGUAGUCGUUGUGGUAAAGAAUAAAAAGAGGAGUAGAUGCAAUGCGUGCAAUAAAAAGGUGGGGCUGCUAGGAUUUGAAUGCAGGUGCGGCCAUGUGUUCUGUGGAUCUCACCGUCACCCGGAAGAACAUUCUUGUCUAUCGGAUUAUAAAUCUGCCGCCAUUACCGAGUUAACUAUCCAAAACCCUGUCAUCAAGCCUGAUAAACUGUAUAGAAUCUAGUCAACCUUUGAUUAAUGUUUUUUUUUCUUUUUAUCUAUAGCUUUUGUUUUGUUUUGUUUUGAUUAACAGAGUUUUUAUGAAUAUUGCCUAACAUAACAUAACAUGUUUAUAAGUUACCUUAACA